AGGGUUCUUUGUCAUAUCACUCAUUUGCUACUUGUUUUUAUUUUAUAUCUGUACAUUUUCCGAAUUACAUCUUCUGAAUAAAAUUUUAACUUGUCUCGAGCAAAAUGUGUAAGCCCAUUAAAGAUGCAAUAUGUUGCUGCUUGGGAUGUGGCCUGAAAAUUCUUUGCAUGAUACUUUGUUCGGUGGUUGGAGUGCUUCUAGUUAUUGGACUUGUGAUCUACUUUGUAUUUUUCCACAACAAGGACACACCAUCGUUGAAGGCUGCCGACUUGCGAGACAUGAUUUAUAGCAAUAGAUUAUUAAAUCUGCUACAGCCUUAAAAUUAUUGACAGUUGAAUAAUGAAUAAAGUUUGUAAAUAAUUCUGUAAA